AUGCGUCAAGCAAUCGACAUCGCGAAGAAGCAAGAGGCUAUUAAGUGGAUCGGCGAGCAGGGAGGUGGUGUUGCUAGCCGCGUGGCGCCACACUUUCGCAAGUUGGGGUGGGACGUCGAUGCCUCUACUUAUCGCAAGUGGUGGCGCAAUAAGGAGGGAAUAAUGGCCGCCCAACCGCAUCAAAAACGACUGCAUGGUGGCGGCAGGAAGCCGCUUCUUGGUGCACUGGAAGAUCUUCAUCUAGACGCAAUAAUCGACCGUCGCCUUCGCAAGGAAAAAGUGACAAGAGAAUGGAUCGGGUUGGCUGCAAAAGAGCUGUACGCCUCCCUGGACGAGACUGGGAAUCGUUUUGUAGCGUCGGACGCAUGGAUUUCCAAGUUCAUGAAGCGCAAUGAUCUCUCGCUCCGAAAGCGAACAAACCUUACCGUUCUCUCCGACGAAGCCUUGGUUGGUCGUGCGAUCGGCUACAUGAAGUACCUCACCAGUAACCUUCCAAAAUUUGACCUGGAGCACACCGUCUUGAUGGACAAAACUGCCGUGUAG